AUGUUGAUGGAACGUUCCCGCAAAAUCUGGAAGGGUGUCUGGAACUGUGAGAUGGAGGGCUCUCGUGUGUGUGUGUGCUCGUGUGAGUUCAUCAUCGCUGGUGGUGCUUCCACUGGCUUGGCCCAGUCAGCCAUCAUGACAGCAAAGAAAGACCAGGAUGGAGGAGAGGAGAAAGCAAUUUCGAAAAAGAAGGUGAAGGAGCUGAAAGUGCUUGACUCCAAGUCGUCACAGAACCUCUCAAUUUUCCUGGGAUCGAACAGGCUUCCGUACGAGGAGAUGAAAAAUGUCAUUCUGGAGGUGAAUGAGAAGGUGCUCACAGAGAACAUGGUGCAGAGCUUGCUGAAGUUACUUCCUGAGCAGGAGCAGUUGAACGUGUUAACAGAGUUGAAGGAGGAAUAUGAUGACCUUGCAGAGUCUGAACAGUUUGCAGUAGUGAUCAGUUCAGUGAAGCGUCUGAAGCCGAGGCUCAGCGCCAUCCUGUUCCGGCUGCAGUUUGAGGAGCAGGUGAAUAACUUCAAGCCGGACAUCGUGGCUGUGACAGCGGCAUGCGAGGAGCUAAAGAAAAGUGAGAACUUCGCCCAGCUGCUUCAGAUGAUCUUGGUUAUGGGCAAUUACAUGAACGCUGGCUCGCGCAACGGCAAGGCUUUUGGCUUCAGCAUCAGCUACCUGUGCAAGCUAAGGGAUACUAAGUCAGCAGAUCAGAAGCAGACCCUCUUACAUUUCCUGGCAGAGGAGUGUCAGGAGCAGUAUGCCAAGGUCAUGCACUUUCCUGAUGAGCUUAUUCACCUGGAGAAAGCCAGCAGAGUCUCAGCAGAGACACUACAGAAAAAUAUCGACCAGAUGGGAAAGCAGAUCACGAAUUUAGAGAAGGACAUUGAGACAUUCCCUCCUCCUCAGAAUGAAAAGGACAAGUUUGUGGAGAAAAUGACCAUAUCCUUUACAUGA